CGCCACCGCGUCGAAGUCCUCAACUAGACGCAGGGCGAGCAACCGCGCGUCCCGCAGAAGAGGGCUGGGGCAACAAAUCAUACCGAUGUGUCAGCUUCCGAUCUCCUGCUGAAUUUCACCCGUGUCUUGUGACUUGUUCGUAGACGGGGUUCACCCCGCAAAAGCAGUCAACAUGCCGGUGCGCACCGAGUGUGGUCCCGGCGCGUCGGCGGCCUGCGCAUCCUCGGUCUCUCUCGUUCCGCCGCCGCCGAUCAACACCCAGCAGCCCGGCGUCGCCACCUCACUCCUGUACAGCGGCUCUCAGUUUCGGGGUCACCAGAAGAGCAAAGGAAACUCCUACGACGUCGAGGUGGUCCUACAGCAUGUGACCACGGAGGACUCGUACUUGUGCGGAUAUCUCAAGAUCAAAGGUCUGACCGAGGAAUACCCCACCCUCACCACGUUCUUUGCUGGGGAGAUCAUAAGCCAGAAGCGGCCCUUUCUAACGAGGAAAUGGGAUGCAGAUGAGGAUGUUGACCGUAAACAUUGGGGGAAGUUUCAAGCAUUUUAUCAGUAUGCAAAAAGCUUUAACUCUGAUGACUUUGACUAUGAAGAACUCAAGAAUAGCGACUUUGUCUUCAUGCGAUGGAAGGAGCAGUUCUUAGUCCCAGAUCACACGAUCAAAGACAUUAGUGGUGCUUCCUUUGCUGGCUUCUACUACAUCUGCUUCCAGAAGUCCACAGCUACCAUCGAGGGAUUCUACUACCACCGGAGCUCCGAAUGGUACCAGUCAUUAAACCUCACGCACGUUCCUGAACACAGCGCACCCAUCUAUGAGUUCCGGUGACACUAGCUCCCUCUUGUGGCUGAAAGAGGGUGAAACCGUGGCAGACAGAAGGGGGAAAACACACAUAUACACACACACACACACA